AUGCUCCCACGACUUGAGCUCAUAUUCCUCCCGCCGCCGUUGGUAUUUCUAACAGAACCAGCCCAGGGCGCUGCUGUGCACAUUUUUUGGAAUGAAGAACUGAAGACGGCCUCCUCUUACAGGCCGGCUUCCAAGAUUACACCUUCUUCUGCUCCUUUCCAACUCUAUGACCUCCAAGGAAUGGCAUCGAUGCAGCCGGCAGCCCCACUCCUGUUCCCAAGCUGCGUGUCAUCUAGUGGGCCAUGCCUCCCCCAGCCCCAGCCAACAACCCCUGUUUACCAAGAGAAAGUGGCCAAGCCAUCUCCUCAGACCCAGAAUGAGUCCUGUCUGCCAAGGGAGCUGGCAGCACCACCAUCACGGCAGGUGCCCCGCCUGAGGGCCGUGGUGGAGAGCCAGGCCUUCAAGAACAUCCUGGUAGAUGAAAUGGACAUGAUGGUCUCGCGGGCGGCCACCGUCAUCCAAGCCAACUGGAAGGGCUACCGGCUGCGGCAGAAACUGAUCUCACAGAUGACAGCAGCCAAGGCUAUCCAGGAGGCCUGGCGCCGCUUCAGCACGCGCCGGCUGAUGCGCUCCAACAAGCUGACUGUAAGGAAAGCCAAGAAGGAAGAGGAGGACGACAUCCCCUACCACCCUCCACAGCAGGUGCGCUUCCAUGCCCCGGAGGACCAGCCGCCAGUCAUGGUGAGCAAGGAGACUCAGUUCCCGUCCUCCGACAACCUGGUCCCUUCACACAGCACAGCAGCAGGUCCCUGUGCCGGUGGAGCCCCCAGGGGUGGCCUCAUGCCACAGCAGCCUGUGACUGGCAGAUUCACAGGUCCCAAAUAUCCACCCUGCAUGUUGACCAAGUCUGUCAGGAGCUCCUGUCUCGUCAGGCACUUGGAAGGGGACAGCAUGAAGAGCCGGCACGCGGCUUCCAGGACCAUCAAGUCGGGGACCCCAGAGUUAACAGCGUCAGCGAGAUAUGGCCAGGCCAUCCAUGCAACCCUGAAAACCCAGACCCAGGUCCACAUUGAAGCAGAUGUCCCCAAGGCCCCACUGCAUAUGUAUCCAGUGAACAAAACUCCUACCAAGGUGUGCUCAGUGGCCCUGGCCACAGUGGCUACAGUGGCCACAGCACCCAAGGGUCCACUGCAGACCUACCCCACAUCUUCAGGGACGGUCAUGAAGAUGCAGCCACCAAGCUGCCCGACCUCCCCGGAGACCAGGCCCCUGGCUCAUGUACGACCCAACCCUUCAUUCUCUAGCACUCUACCCCAGGUGCACUCUGUGGUCCCCAUGGCCAGGGCACAGCCCCCAGGAUCUGGUGUGACCUCCACAGUCAAGGCUUCACCACGCCUAGGGGCUUCUGUCAAUAGGGGCCCACUUCAGACUGGCUCUGGUCCCAUGAUGGCAAAAACUUCACCCCAGAUGCGUUCAGUGACCAGAAGUCAACCUCAGACAUCUGCGGCGUCUCCUUCAUCCAAAGCCUCCUCCCAGCCAAGCCCUGCAGUCAAACUCUCCCCUCAGACUCGCCUGGCAGCCAUGAUAACCAAGACCCCAGCUCAGAUACGCUCUGUGGCUGCUGUGCUCAGGACCCUGUGUCUGGUCCCUACAGUGACAGCCUCAAGUCCCAAGGGUUCACCCCAAACUUCAGUGGUUGCUGGAAUUCCCAACGCCCCAUCCCAGGUUCACCUGAGCAACCCAAAGGCCAAGGUCACUGUUAGCACCAAGCAGACCACUGCGGUCGUCAAGGUGACUUCUCAGGCGUACUUGGCUGAGGAGAAGGGCAGGUGUGGACCCCACGGACAUCUAGGCACUGUAACUCCUAAACUUCCAGCCAAGUCUCCAUUGGAAGUAGAGAAGAUGAAGCCUGGGCCCCCAAGGGCACCCAAGAAGGAAGCAUCUCCCAAGACUAACAUGGCCAUUGUAGCCAGGGCUCUGUCUUGGACAAAAGUGGCAGAAGACAGGAACAGACCGUUGACUCAGACCCAGCAGAAGGCAGAGGUUGUGAAGGUGCACUCCAGGGUGUAUAUGCCUGAAGAGAUGACCGUGACCCUGUCCCAGGCCCAGCUGGCUGUCCCCCUGACCAAGGCUACCUCCCAAGCCCAGCCACUCCCUGGCCACCCAGGGCCCCUGCCAGCCUCACCCCUUUCUAAAGCCACGUGCCAGGUGUGUCCCCCAAGUAAACUCAGUAAGGCCCCAUCCCUGGCCCAGCUCAUCACAUGUCUGGCCAGGGUUCCGUCCCAGGCCCAUCUGCCCAUGGGGCUGGUGAAGGCUCAGUCUCAGGCCCAACUGACCUCCGAAACGUCCAAGUGCCUCUUGGCUGCCCACCCUGCCACUGACCUCAGUGGUAAGGCCCAGUCACAGCCACUCCUGAGCACAUCCAAGCCAUCUGUCCAGUUCUGGCAAUAUUUUGGAACACUUAACACUGGACCCCGUGCCAAGCCAGAUGACAAGAGCAUGACCCAGCCCCAGCUCCAAAGCCACGUACAAAACAAGGCCACACAGAACCCACGCUCAGUGGCCACAGAUACCCAAGGUAUGCAGGUACCUCUGCUGACUCCCUCUGGACACCCUGUAUGCAAUGGAGAAUCCUGGGGUGACAGCGGACAGGCACAGACCCCACCUCCACCCCCUAUGCCCAGCCAGGCGGUGUCCUGCCAUGAAGACCUGGCGGCGUCCAUGGCAUCCCUGUGUGCAGACUUGGUGACCAUGCUGGGCUCCACCGAGGACCUGAGGACACUCUUGGCCAAGACACUUUCUCAGGGAGAAGUAAGGACAGCGCUGAGCCAGGCUCUGUCCCGGGAAGUCUUAGGGCCUUCUGUGGUCAAGGCCCUGCCUCAAGGCAUGCUGGGAAUGGCACUGAUGAAGGCACUGUCAUGGGGUGAACUGGGCAUCUCCCUGUCCCGGGCCCUAUCCCGUGGUGAGCUGCUUCCAGAACUCAGCAAGGCCACACAGGGCAAGCUGGCUGAGGUCCUGUGCAAGGCUUUGACGGAAGAUGAGAGGGCCACACUCAGCCAGGCGCUGUGCCAGGGUGAGCUGGGAGCUGUUUUCACUCAAUCCCUGGCCCAGAUGGCCCAGAGGACAGGCACCUUCCUCCCCAAGGCCACCUCGAAAACGGUGGGAAGCCGGAUGACCACGGCGCCUGCCCCAGUGGAGGUGGCUUGCAGCGGGAGUCUGUCAGUUGCGUGGGGACCUGCGCUGGGCCCUGUCCGAGCACGAUGUAGCAAGGGCCCUGUGGAUGCUGGCCUGGCUGCUGGCCAGUCAUGGAAUUCCAAAGUCCCCAACGUAUCGGCCAGAGCCACAGCAAGUGCUGGGCCACCCCAAGGCCCGUGGCAUCCCAGCAGGGGCCACAGGCCCUGGGACCCCUUGGGGGCAGAGGCAGCGCUGGACCACAAGCCCUCAGCUGAGCUGCUGGUAUCAAUUCGCACCAUGGAGAAAGUUGUCCUCGAGGCUGUUGUCACCAUUCAGGCCUGUGCACGUGGCUACUUGGUGCGCCGCACUGUGAAGCUGUGGCAUCAGUGGGCCACCGUCAUCCAAGCUACGUGGCGCGGCUACCGUGUGCGACGAAACCUGGCGAGGCUGCUCAGGGCCACCACCAUCAUCCAGGCAGCCUGGCGCGGCUACUGCACUCGCCGCGACCGGGCUCAUCAGGUGUUGCUCCCUACGAUGUGGCCUGAGCACCGUGGCAGAGCCCAGGGGACCUCUGACACCAAGAACAGCUCUGAGCACCGCUGCUUCCUGUCCUGUCAACCCAAUGUCUGCAGCGUCUGCCAGGCCCUGGGUCCUCAGGUGGCGAGUCCACCCAGUGUUGUGAUGCUCGUGGGGUCCCAGCCACGCACCUGCCACAUGUGUGGCCACACACUGUCUACUCGCGUGGUGCAGGGCUUUGGUCAGGGCAUCUCAGGCCAGUCUGGCUCUCGCUGGGCAGUGCCCCCUGCUCAGUGUCCCCUGCUCAGCCAGCAGCACAGAGCGGCCACUCUCAUUCAGGCGGCCUGGAAGGGCUACCGGACCCGCCGACAGCUGAGCCAGCAACAGUCUGCAGCCAAGAUGGUUCAGGCCACAUGGAGGGGACAUUAUACACGCAGCUGCCUCACCACGGAUGCCCUCUUGGGGACAGGAAGCCCGUGGAACAUCUCCAGGGAGACUUCACGCCGUACCUCGAGGGCUUACUCUUUGCACUGGCCUGGUGUCUAG